GCGCUUAGCGAUUACUAUUACCUGAAGCGCCCAUACUAUUUCAUCAGGCCAUAACCAUAAAGCUGGUAGAACAUCCCGCAGCUGGCGGAUACUUGCAGCUGGGCCAACGCCUCGUAUCUAGCAUCUACACGCAGCUUAUUCUCGUUUCGAGAUAGCCUUAUAGGAAAUAAACGUGUGUCGAUCAUUGUCACCAGCCCUUGCCCUUAAGCCCUGCAGCCAUGUCUUCCACGAACACAUACCCUCGUCCAGAAUGUCCACCGUACUCGUGGCGAGGUCGCAGUUACCGUGGUACAUUAAUAUACGUCAGAGACUACUGCAUUGCAAAUGACGUGCUAGCUGACGUGCCGAAAGGGCCCCUUGGCUUCGACAUGGAGUGGCACCCAAAUUUCAGGAAGGAAGAAAAUAACGAGGUUGCAGUCAUUCAGCUCGCUACACAUUAUACUGUCUGGCUUAUACAAAUUAGUGCCAUGCCAGCAUUUCCUUCCAGAUUGAGAGACAUUCUGGGCAGUAAUGAGUGGGUCAAAGCUGGAGUUAAUAUAACGAACGACUGCCUAAAACUGCACAACGAUUUCGGUGUUUCUACUCGGAAUUGCGUUGAUCUUUCUCUCCUUGCACGCUCCGUUGAUAACGCUUACUGGAAAGGCAAAUACACUGUUCCAAUUGGGCUCUCUCAUCUUUUAGAGACGUAUGAGGGCUUUUCUCUAUCCAAGGGAGACGUACGGCUUAGCGAUUGGGAGCAGCUUUUGCAAUACGAUCAGCAGGAGUAUGCUGCCAACGAUGCACAUGCUGGAUAUGUGCUCUACAUUCAUCUGAACACUCUGGCACGUGUCAUGCCAAAAGCACCCAGUGUGAAGUAUUACACGUUUAGUGUGAUAAACGGAACGUUACUCGACAUUUCUGGGGGAGAAGUGUGACAACCACAAAACCCAACCUAUGAUCCAGGUUCACCGCCCUCCGGUGGCCCAAAGGGGUUCGGGAAGCGCCAGUGAUUGCCUUGCUGACCUAACAUCGAAUGAGGGACUGUAUGGAAAUUAUAACUCGUCCAUUUGCUUGUGUAUCGAUUCUGAC